AUGGUGCGUGAUGGAAUUGUUCUCGGUCACAAAAUCUCAGAAAAUGGGAUCGAAGUGGAUAAGGCAAAGAUAGAAGUGAUGAUGAGUUUACAACCUCCAAACUCUGUUAAAGGAAUCGGGAGUUUCCUCGGACAUGCUGGUUUCUACAGAAGGUUCAUCAAAGACUUCUCCAAAAUCGCAAGACCACUCACUAGACUGCUCUGCAAGGAGACAAAAUUUGAGUUCGAUAGCGAUUGUUUGGGCGCCUUCCACACGAUAAGAAGAGCUCUAGUCAGCGCACCAAUUGUGCAACCACCAGACUGGGAACUUCCUUUCGAGAUCAUGACUGACGCAAGCGACUUUGCGGUUGGAGCAGUACUCGGUCAACGAAAAGAUAAGAAGCUUCACGUGAUCUAUUAUGCGAGCAGAACACUAGACAAAGCUCAAUUUCGCUAUGCAACUACAGAGAAAGAACUUCUGGCAAUUGUCUUUGCCUUCGAAAAAUUCAUAUCCUACCUAGUUGGCUCUAAGGUGAUAGUGCACACGGAUCAUGCAGCAUUGAGGUAUUUGCUGACGAAGAAGGAUGCGAAACCAAGGCUACUCCGAUGGAUCUUAUUGCUCCAGGAAUUUGACCUAGAAAUCAAAGACAAAAAGGGCAUUGAGAAUGGCGUUGCAGAUCACCUCUCCAGAAUGAAGAUAGAUGAAGACACAGCACUUGAUGACAGCCUUCCGAUCGAGCCUUCCGAUCGAGCACGUCUACUCGAUCAGUAUGGGAAGCGUUACAGAACAACCGCUCCGUCCAGUUUCCUCCAGCGUUCUGGGACACCUUGGCUGUGCGAUCAAAAAGCAAUAUCCCAAUCUUCCAUGCGCCAAGGGAAUAUCAGUAAACGGAAUGAGAUGCCUCAGAACUUCAUCUUGGAGGUUGAAGUAUUCGAUUGUUGGGGAAUCAACUUCAUGGGACCAUUCCCGUCAUCUUUCAAGAACGAGUACAUAUUGGUAGCAGUUGACUACGUUUCUAAGUGGAUGGAAGCAAUAGCCAGUCCCACAAACGUUGCAAAGGUGGUGACUAAGAUGUUCAAAACCAUAAUCUUUCCAAGAUUUGGGGUACCACGAGUAGUCAUCAGUGAUGGGGGUAGUCACUUCAUAAACAAGAUCUUCGCAGGCCUAUUGAAGAAGAACGGCGUGCAACACAAGGUAGCCACGCCAUAUCACCCUCAAACUAGUAGACAAGUGGAAGUUUCAAACAGAGAGAUCAAGAGCAUCCUGCAGAAAAUAGUUAACACCAGUCGCAAGGAUUGGUCGCUCAAGCUAGAUAACACUCUCUGGGCUUACAGAACAGCCUACAAAACACCAAUCGGGACCACUCCCUACAACCUGGUGUACGGUAAAGCAUGUCACCUGCCGGUUGAGUUGGAGUACAAGACAGCAUGGGCUGUGAAGCUACUCAACUUAGACAUCAAACCAGCAGCAGAGAGACGAUCCAUGCAGAUACACGAGCUGGAAGAAAUUAGACACCUAGCCUAUGAAAGCUCAAAGAUCUACAAGGAGUGA